AUCUCCAUCAAUUUUGUUGUUUUCACCUUUUUUCCGCUAGUCAGCAUUUGGACGGUGCUCUUUGCUGACCUGCUACUUCUCUCAUUUGCAUUGCUCGCCCCACUCUCAUUUUUAAAACCCCCAUCAAAAAACAACCCCAAGAAUUUUCAAAAUCUCUCUCAUACAACGGUGAAAAAUUCAUUCUUUAAAGUUGCUUCCUUGUUUUAUCCACCUUUAUAACAGGGAGUUUUAACUUUCAAGGAAAAAGAAAAUUUUGUUUUUCUUUGAGACCGAAAAAUUCGCCGAGGUGAUUUUCUUGCGUUGCAGAUUCUUGGGUUUUUCUUGGUGGUGCUUUGUUUCCGGUUUGUAGAUUCUGAAAAAAGGGUUUGACUUUUUCGGAGCCUGGUCGAAUACUGUUGAGUUUCACAAGAUUUUUCACUGCCCUUUUUGGGAUUUCAGUGCUUUGAUGAUUUCUGGAGGUUUUUGUCAGCUUGUUCCUUCUCUCAUAUGAUUAGGGUUUUUGGUUCAAUCUAGUCUCUGAGAAAUUAAGGAUUGAAGUGGUUUUACAGAAGCACAAAUUUCAGUUAACAGCUGAAUAAUAUUGGGGCAUUAUGGUGGCGAAAGAUUAUCAGAAAAGCAAAGGAUCAAAUAAAGCUGAGGUGGGAGAAAUAGACACCAGUGCACCGUUUCAAUCCGUCAAAGAUGCUGUCAACUUAUUUGGUGAAGGUGCUUUUUCAGGUGAAAGGCCUGCCAUUAGGAAGCCGAAAGCACAAUCUGCAGAACGAGUUCUGGCAAAAGAGACGCAGCUUCACCUGGCCCAAAAGGAGUUAAAUAAGUUGAAGGAGCAAUUGAAAAAUGCCGAGACCACAAAAGUCGAUGCUCUUUUAGAGCUAGAAAAAGCUAAACGGACCGUUGAUGAUUUGAGCCAGAAGCUAAAAGUCAUUAAUGAAUCAAAAGAUUCAGCAAUUAAAUCUACAGAAGCGGCUAAGCGUCAGGCAAACCAACUUGCAGAAGCCAACAAUGAUAUUUUGGAAGGAGUAAACGGAUAUUCGAACAAUGAUCUUGAAACCGACAAAACUCAGUAUUUGAAUGCUGUCGCUGAACUUAAUGCAGCCAAACAGGAAUUAAGGAAAAUUCGUCUGGAAUAUGAUGCAUCUGUAGAAGAGAAGGACAGAGCAGCAAAGCAAGCUGUUGAAGCUGAUGCUGCUGCCAAAGCAAACUUGGAGAGAGUUGGUGAGCUGUCUGCUGAAAUUGCUAAUAUACAUGACUCGGUUCAGCAAGUAAAGUUGGCAAGCGCACAAGCAAAGGAAGAGGAAACGUUAAUCUGUGCCGACAAGGAGAAAGAGAAGCACUCAUAUAAAGAAAGAAUCGAAGAGUCAGUGAAGAAACUGAUUGCUUUGAAGAAAGAUGUUGAGCCUGAGGUCACAAAAAAUCUGGAGGCUGAGUUGAAUGGAACUUUGUCUGAAAUCGAAUCUCUACGAAAUGAGAUGGAGAACACAAGGGUUUCUGAUCUUGGUUCUGUUAAAGCUGUUACUGUAGAGUUGGUUGGUGCCAAAGAUUCGCUAAAUAAAGUAGCAGAAGAGGAGAGCUCGCUAAGAAGCUUAGUCGAGAGUCUUAAGGUUGAACUGGAAAAUAUUAAAAAGGUGCAUGCUGAAUUAAAGGAGCAGGAAGCAGAAACUGAAUCAUUGGCAGGUAAUCUGCACGUCAAACUCCGGAAAGCUAAGUCUGAGCUUGAAGAUGCACUUGCUGAAGAAGCCAAGAUCAGAGGUGCAUCUGAUGAACUGAUUGCUUCGAUUCAUCAGCUAGCUUCAGAGAAUGAGACUGCUAAAAUCGAAGCUCAAGAGAUGAAACACAAGGCUGAAGAGCUUAACAAAGAAGCAGAUGCCACGAGAAUUGAACUGGAAGAAGCAGAAAAUAAGCUAGAGAUAGCGAUGAACGAAGCUGAGGAAGCAAAGGCGGCUGAAGUCAAAGCCCUUGAUCAAAUUAAGAUGCUUUCUGAGAAAACAGAUGCUGCGCGUGCCUCCACGUCCGAGCCUGGCGCCCAGAUCACCUUGUCGAGAGACGAAUUUGAAUCACUGAGUCGAAAGGUUGAGGAAUCUGAAAAACUGUCAGAUAUGAAAGUUGCAGCUGCCAUGGCUCAGGUGGAAGCUGUGCAGGCCAGCGAGAAUGAGGCACUGCAGAGAUUGGAGGCGACCCGGAAAGAGAUAGACGAGAUGAAAGCUGCAACCCAAGAGGCAUUGAAGAAAGCAGAGAUGGCGGAGGCGGCCAGGAAGGCAGUUGAAGGGGAACUCAGAAGAUGGCGGGAACGGGAGCAAAAGAAGGCUGAAGAAGCAGCAGCGCGUAUUCUUGCAGAGACAGACAAGUCUCUGGAAUCAUCUCCCAGUCAUUACCAAAUCCAAAAGCCAAGGUCUCAAGUAAAAGAGAAAGUAGUGGAAACCAAGAGGCUAGAGAAGGCAAAGACAUCUGUUUCCAAGAAAGUGCUGAUGCCUAGUCUUACUUAUGUUUUCCAGAAAAAGAAAAACAAAGUAGAUGGCGGCUCUCCUUCCUACUUGCCUGGUGAGAGGCCGGUUUGGUGACUGCCUACAAUCACUUUCUUGUGCAGAAUAAUUGCUUAUAUGCAUUGUAAAUUUGAGGCCAAUGUGUUGGAACUGUUUUCCUAAUUUGCUUUUAUUUGUUAAUUUGUGCUUUUUUGGGUGUAUGAGAAUGUAAAUUGGCUGUUAGUCAUAAAUGUAUAAUUGAAUAACAGCAAGUCGUGUUUUUGUUCAAAAA